AUCUCUUGGGUUCCAAUCAACUUCUCCUAUGAUGAUUAAGCAUCAGGAAUCGUUCAAUGUUCAUCAGCAUGCUGACCAAACACCAUUGCAGAAAAGCUUGGAAGCACAAAGUGGUUUGGGGUCUGAACGCGUGCAUCCAAAGUUUCAGAUGUCUGCUUUUCAUCAACAAUCGCAGAAUCUUACAUUGGUUGAUCAGUUCAAGCCUGGAAACCAGUCACAGGCCAUGCAUCUUGGGCCUUCACAAGCAUUAUUAGAAUCAACUCCUCAAGUCGAGUUGACAAAUUCCACUGAUUGGGUUAAUCCAGCAUUCCAAAAGAUUCUGCUCAUGAAGCAGAUGUAUUUACCUGAAGUCAUAACAUUGUCCAACAAAGCACGAGAAGCAAGGCAGCGGGCAACCAAUACAGAGACAGCGAUCAGAUGCGAAAAGACCAGAAUUUUCACAGAAAAGAUAUUUAAGUUUCUGAACAUGUCUAGAUCUGAUCUUUUGCAUUGGCAAAAAGAAAAGUUAUACCAAAUGAUGAACGAGAUCAUAAAGCAUUUUGGACGAGCUAGAGCUGGGAAUUCUCUUCCCAUGAAGCAGACUCAACAAGUUGAUGCAUCGGGUAAUCACUUAGAAGCAGCAGGUCCGAUGCAGCAAAGAGAAAGCUAUCUUCAGUUCAAUAGUACACCUGCAAAUUUGCACCAGUCUUUAAGACAAGGGGGGGCUUUAAGCUUGCCAGCAACCUCUGUGAAUUCAUUUAAGGUCGCCUCCUCAUCAAUAGGAAACUCCUGUCAGUACAGUCCAAUGAGAUUAAAUCAGCAAUGGGGACAACAUGGAAGUAUGGUGUUGCCUCAUAAGAGUCCUCAAGUAGGCUCUGACCACAGACCACUCAGAAUGUUGCUUCACCCGACGGAUGGAGUUGCUCAGAACAAUAAUUUGGGCACUCAGCAGACUGUAGCUUCGUCGAGGAAUGUGUUGAACUCGUUGGAUUACGCUGUUAGUGCUAUAGUUGAGCAGAAUAAGCAACAGGAUCAAGCAAUCAAGAGGCAGAAAAUGAAGCAACCAGUGCCACAGAUGUUUCAGAGAAGGAAUGAAGAUACGAAUUUGAGACGUUUUGUGGGAUUCAAUCAAAGAUGGUCUCCGAUACCACCAUCGAGUUCUUCCCCAUUUGCUAUGUCUCCUCAAAACUCGCAACAGUCUUCCUCACAGCUUGAGCUAAAGGAGUUGUCGUCGAAGCUUUCAAGAUCGGCUACGCCAUCACUAUCUGCCUCACCUUCUGCUCCUCUUCCUUCUCCUUUGACUCCCUUGACUCCAUCUUCUGUGCCAGCAGAUUCUAUGAGAAGUCCGUUAUCCCUUGACGAAAGUAGCAAACUACCGAAGAUUUCUGCUGCACCUUCGCCGCUUCCAUCCCAAGAAACAAACCAAAACCAGCUUGUUAUUGACACACAAGGGUUAUCCAAGUCUUGUUUGCAAGCAGAAUCUACUUGUACUGGUGAUCAAAAGUCUGAAGGAGACGCGUUCCAGCGCUUGGUUGAAGUGGUAAAAUCAAUAUCAUCGAGAGCAUUGCAUGCUUCUUUACGGGAUAUCAAUGCUGUCACCAGUUUAACUGACAGGAUAACAGGACACCUUCUCCAUGAUGAAUCUACAAAAGUUGUCUUCCACGACUUGGCUGAUGACCUUAGCAAUUGUGACGAUGGAGAUUUUAGCCUAGUAGAUAGAACUAGCAAGAAGCAAAGGAUGGAACGUCGACUCGACUCCAUGGCUUUGAAUGAUUUGACAACAGAAAUGGAGUUUUUUCCUCGGGCAAAGAGACUGGAAAAAGAGCCUAAUGAUCUGCUGUUGCAAGAGAUCAAAGAGAUCAACCAGAAGCUUAUUGAAGUGGUUGUAGAAAUUAUGAACAUGGAAGAUGUUUCCAGGACAGGAUCUGAUGAGGGCACACUUAUUAGGUGCUCAUAUAUUCCCGUUGGACAUUCUUGGAAUAUCAAGAUCCCAAAUACUUCAACGCCUAACUUGAUUCUGGAACUGAUUGUGUCUGCCGAUUAUCCCAAUUCUUCUCCUACUGUACUGGAAAUGAUGCCUCCAGGUUGUAGGUGAGAAAUUGAAUGGCGUACAUCAGGUUUUUUUAACUUUAAAGAUAUAAGUUACUAAAGAAGAAUUUCAUCUGAAGCAUAUCGAUUGUGCUCCCCAGUGAUGCAGAAGAAGGGAAAUAUCUGUGGAUGAAGGCAAAGUCACGUUUCAGUUUAUCACUUAGAAAAUGUUCUCAGCCGAUAUUGCUCAAAGAAAUGGCCGAAGCCUGGGACUACUGCGCUCGUGAAGUAUUUCAUGGGUUUGCAGAGCAAAUGGGAGGAGGUGACUUCAGUUCAAGAUACGGCAAGUGGGAAAAUUGCGUAGUUGCUGCAUAGGAUCAUUUCCAUCUGAAGAUGUUCACUUUCUGAACUACUUACUUUCCACUUUGUGAAUUUCUGGAUGGAAUGUACAGUUGCCGUCAAAUCUGCAGAUGCUCACUCUUAUCAUGUUUGUGGCCUAAUGACACCAGCCAAAGAUUGCACUGUGCAAUGAUAGCUGGAAAUAGCGAUGUUGGUUCUUUGAUGUUAGAAUAUAACUAUGAUUUCAAGAAUUAAUUAGGAGAAGAUUAAUGAAAAUUGAAAAUGCA